GUAAAGAGAUUCGAUGCGGCUGGCAAAUCGGUAAUAAAACGUUUCUCAAGAAGGAAGACGUAUCGGUUCGAUGAACCGAGCGAAAUAUAACGAACGAUUACGCAGAUCGAUCGACGAUCUAGGGAUUUACGCCGUUUCGCGCAGGCGUUGGUGAGACUGCAUAGGCCGCGGGGGAGGGGUGCAUCCGGUCUAAUGGCGUCAAGAGCCAAGCACUGUUGUCACAUUUUGUCCUACAGUGUUUCAAUAUUUUGCUUUGUUUAUGUCGCUCGAAUCCCGCGUGGAGAAGACCAAGAGCUCGGCCAGGCGCGCGAAUUACGCUAAACGGAGGUGCAGAGACUCGCUUUCUACAAAUCAGUGAAAAGUCGAGGAGCAUAGUUACAGCGUUUGCAUAGAGAACGCUCAGCUAUGGAAGUUACAACGGAGGAGGCACAAGCCGUGCUUCUAGAGGGCAUGGAGGGUACCCAGUACAUUACCAUUCAGAGAGCCGAUGGGGAAUCCUUGAGCAAGGGCGUACCGCUGUUAACUCUGAACGGCGAGCUGAUCUCGGAGGGUAUGGUCGUGGACAUGAUCAAUACCGAUGUUGGCACGGACUAUGGAACGGGUACUCAGUAUUACGAGGCGGACGACUUGCUGACGCACGAAUUGACAGAGAAUGUGAAUUGCGUGAUGCAGGAGGACCGCAGGCUCGCCGCGGCCUUGGUCGCGGUGCAGCUGCACCAGCAGCAGAAGCAGCAGCAGCUCCACAUCCAGUCGCAGCACGAGGACCCGACACUGCCGGACGUUUCGCAUCUGGAGACCCUGGCGCCGGUGAACUCGUACUCUAUCCAAACGGUGCCGGAACCGAGCGCCGCGGCACCCGUGUAUCCGGCCUUGCAGCCCUUCAAGAGGAUCACGCAGAACGUGAAGCAGGAGUUCAUCAACGUCAAGAGCGAGUACGACGUCGAGGCGGAGAGCGGCGAGGACGCCGCGUCGGCAUCCGGACCUAAGCGAACGUUACCGCAUAAAAAGAGGAUACCUCGCAAGCUGAAGCAGCAGACGAAGAAGAACGCGGCACGGAAGGACAGUAGCAAGUCGAGUCAGGAAAGCGCGGCGGCUGAAUCGGCCAGCGAGGUCCAGGCUAACGUUUUCAAGUGCGAAUUGUGUAGCUCUAAGUUUAGCAGUCAAUUAAAGUUCUUCGAGCAUUUAAAGGUGCAUUACGAGCCGGUGAAGCAGGAGACGCGGAUAGCUCAAGCGACGAACACCAAUAUCACGAUAUCGGUACCGGAAACGGUGCACACUCUCGAGAAUACCGUGAUUGAGGAAUUUAGCGAGCCGGAGGAUCUCAUGGAGGGCAUCCGGGGUGUAGUGGAGGAGACCGGUGCGCACAUUGACGAUGACACAGACUCCCCGUUGCCCGCUGGUAACAACGAACCGACAAUGUGGACCAUUACGGACGUUACGGAACAGAGGGACCAACAAAUUAGACCACCGGCGACAGCGACAGCCGUUAGCGAGAACAAGGACUCGGAUGAGAAAGAGAAGACUGACAUUCCACAGACGGCCAAAAAAAAGAAAUCAUCGAAAACGCGAAAGUCAAAUGACGAAUUAACAUGUCCUCAGUGUAAUCGUUCAUUCCACCAUAAGAAUAGCUUAGUUUACCAUAUGCGAUCGCACAGUGGGGAACGGCCGCAUCAGUGCGACAUCUGCAGCAAACGUUUCUUCGCCGCUAGUGCAUUAAAGGUACACAAGAGACUUCACAGCGGCGAUAAGCCGUACAAGUGCGAGGAGUGCGGACGGCAUUUUCGACAGUGGGGCGACCUGAAGUACCACUCGACGAGCAUUCACUCGGAGCACAAGCAGUACCAGUGCGAGUACUGCGCCAAGGAGUUCGCGCGGAAGUACUCGUUGAUCGUGCACAGGCGUAUUCACACCGGCGAGAAGAACUACCGCUGCGAGUACUGCAACAAAACGUUCCGGGCGAGCAGCUACCUGCAGAAUCACCGUCGCAUCCACACGGGCGAGAAGCCCCAUCCGUGCGUGGUUUGCGGCAAGCCCUUCAGAGUACGGAGCGACAUGAAGAGGCACAUGCACACGCACUCGAGAGCGAAGGCCGACAAGCAACCGCUGAACCGACUCCUGGCGGGGAAAAACGUGGAGGACGCGGAGGCGGACAAAGGUACGCAAGCGAAAACGAUUCAGGAUCUUGUGAGAGACUUGAAAUUGAAAGUCGAGGCGACAGGUGUGGUAGAGAUCGUCCGGCCGGAUGAUAAUCCAGAGAGCAUUUUACCGCACGCAGGACAAAACCUGGAGUAUACCGUAACGUCGACGGCGGACGCUGUGACCGCGGACAGGGAUCCCCUGGAGGCCGUCGUGCGAACGACCGAUAACAUGCAAUAUUUUUUCAUGUAAUGUUGGAAUAAACUUUCGCAAAAGGGAAAUGUAUUUUGCUCCACGAUUGCUUAUGGAACGUCAGCACUCGACGCAAGUGGUUUACAACGCAGAGGAAUUCAGAUGCGCGACCGAAGGCUUUUAACACCAACGAAUUUGGAAACAUAUUUAUUACGGCUGCAAUUGGAUCCUUGGAGAGAGACUCGAAAGAUCCAAAAGAAACUGAGUUAUAUUCAGUCCUGAAUUAAAAAAAAAUCUUCGCCUCUAUUUGUAUAAAGCUAACGCAAACGACUGAGUGAAUCGCAUUAAUACACUGCCUAUAAGUAAUGAGUAACAUAUUUGCCGAUUUUUCGGAGUAAUUUAUGUAAGAAUAGAAUUAUUAUACCAUUUUGCAAUGGUAGCGAGCAUAGCAUAGCGAGAAUAUUCUGCAAUGAAAACUAAGAAAAAAAGACUAUAUAUAUAUAUAUAUAUAUAUAUACAUAAAUGCACGAAUGAAUUAUAUUGUAAUUAAAUUAACACUAAUUACGAUUGUACAUUUUUAAUUGUAGACACUUUCGUAGUUUAUAUAUUGUGAAUUGCCGUUAAAAAAUAUAUUUUUUACUUCAACGUGUUCAUAG